AGAGUGUGUUACCCGAGGAGGGGGCGGGGUCAGGGUCGGAGAGGAGAGAGGAGUGAAGCUGAGCAGCGGUGUCGGUGGCGGGCGGUGCCUACAGUCGCACAUGCCCCCUUUUGCCCUCCGCUCGCUGCGGGGGAAGAAGCGUGAACUUGAACGCUGCCUUCACCGCUCAGUGCGAGUCCAGGCAGAGGCCAGUCAGUCUUAUCAGUCUGUCCCCCUGCCGCUCGGCUUUACGGUCAACUUAUCGGAGAAGGAGCAGCUGGACGGAUUCUUCUUCUUUUUGGUUUGGGAGUUUUUUGUUUUGGUAAUUUGCUGCUUGAGGUGCCAAAGCCGGAACGGCUCGACGCGAUGUCCAGGCGCAAACUUGGAAGCAGACCGCAGCACCUGAGUGCAUUUCAAGAUGCCACCGACAUGGCAGAGGGCAGCGGCCCAUCAGACGACCCGACCCCUGCUCCCCAGCAGGUACGAGUCCCUGACGAGGGUAGCGACCUCCUGACCUGCGGCCAGUGCAGCCAGGCCUUCCCCCUUGCCCACAUCUUGGCGUUCAUCCAGCACAAACAAGGUGGCUGCCUCUCCCGGAACCAGGCCUCAAAUGCCAGCGCCACGCCCCCCUCGCCUGCCAACCGCCAUCAGCAGCAGCAGCGUGUCUCAAACGCUGAGCUGGGGCCGGGCUUCAUCGAGCUGAGGAGAGGGGGGGCUGCCAGGGACAGAGCCUGGGGGGAGGAGCCUGGCGCGAGAACGAAGGCGGAGCCCAGCAAAGCAGAGGAGCCGUCCUAUUUCACCUGCCAGCAGUGCGAAGGCGUGUUUUCAUCUGCAUGGGCGCUCUUACAGCACGCUCAGCACACACACUCCUUGAGCAUCUACCAAGAGGACCUGGAGGGUGACGCAGACAUGAGAGGAGGAGGAGAAGGUCUUAAAGAGCACAAAUCUGCUGCAGCCACUCUGGACCCACGCCACCUGAGCCAAGCUCUCGCCUCUGCCUUUCAGCCCUCCGCCCUGCGCCUCGGUCGCUCCCGUCAGACACACGCCACCUCCACCUCCACCUCCUCGUCCAGUAAUGUGCAAGCUCUGAACUUUUCAGUGCGGCUCAGGGAGCUUGCCGAGGGGAAUAGUAACACUGCCGGUAGCUCCCCCGGAGGCCUGGUGCUGUCUCCGUCCUCUUCUCCGCCAGCGGCUUCUCCCUUUCCUCAGACCGGGUUCCUCCAGGCCGACUUCCACUGCGAGCUGUGCAACCAGAACUUCCAGUCCCUGCGCGCCCUCUCAGCCCACCGCCGGACUCACGCCUGCGAGAGGCCCUAUCACUGUGGAGUGUGCGGGCAGGCCUUUGCCCAGAGUGGCCAGCUGGCCCGUCACAUAAGGAGCCAUCACAGGGAGGCCGGAGGUGGAGGAAGUGGAUAUGAGCCGGUGGAGAUGGUUGUGAUGGAGGAGGAUGUAGGGAGGCAGGGGAUGAGAGGGAGGUUUCAAAUGCAGCCAGCUGGAAACAUUGGAAAGGGAAUGGUUGGUGUAGAUGUAAGGGCCCAGGGCCCCUCGGAGCUGGACCUGACCCUGCCCAAACACCCCUCCAUAGCCUCAGGCCUGAUGAUGCUGACCUCGCAGGUUAGGCCGUCAGACAGGGAGCUGCUGAGGCUGUACCAGCGCCAGAGAGAGGGGGUAGAGGGAGUAGAGGAGGAGGCAGAGGGGCAGGGGGAGCCCCAGCACACCUCACCCUGCGCCAGCCCCUCUGAGGGCUCGCUGGAGAGCGGAGAGACGGGAGGUAGUGGCGAAAGCGGAAUCGCCAGCGGCAACUGCACACCCAAACGUCCCGAGAUGGGCGACAGAGUGCGAGGGGUCGGGGAGUGGGAGAACGAGAGAGGGGAGAUCAUCGAGAGGGAGAAAGACUGGAGCUCAGUCAAAGUGAGUGAGGCUGUGCAGGAGUGGCAGAGGGAGAACGAGCGGAGGAGCGUAGCAGGAGGUGUCAGCGCAGGAGGAAACAACAAUAUUACUACUGCUGGCUCAGCUGGUAAAAAAAAGAAAGACGAGGCCUGCGAGUACUGUGGUAAACAGUUCAGAAAUAGCAGCAACCUGACUGUGCACCGCCGCAGCCACACAGGUGAAAGGCCCUACCGCUGCGGCCUCUGCAACUACGCCUGCGCUCAGAGUUCAAAGUUAACGCGCCACAUGAAGACCCACGGUGCCCAGGGGGCCAAGGCGUCCUUCCUGUGCCAGCUAUGCGCGGUACCCUUCACCGUCUACGCCACCCUGGAGAAACACCUGAAAAAAGUCCACGGCCUGAGCCACGCCAGUGUGGGGGCGUACGCUCAGGCCAGCGCCGCGGACACUUUAGCUGCCAUAAAAGCUGAAGAAGAAGCAGCAGUGGCGGUGGUGAAAAUGGAGGAGGAUGAAGCCAGUUUGGAUCGGAUAGAGAUGGAGAGCAAAAUGGAGAGCGAUGCGGUGAAAAGCAUGGAGGUGGAGGAAGGCCAGAGCCAAGCAGAUUAUGUGGAAAGCGGGGGGAGUCCGGCCAUAGUGGGCGAUCUCCCACCUGAGAGCAGCGCAGAAGUGAGCUCAGCUUUGACUUCUGCACCGUGAGAGCUGUUCUCUUUUCACUGAUUGACGUUAAAAUAGCACUGUAUAGGAUUUAAGUCACCCUUCAAAUAGAAAGAACUCGUCCCAUCAGUCAAGUUAAACUGGAAUCUAGAGAAGAAGAAGAAGAAGAAGAAGAAGAAGAAGAAGAAGAAGCAACAGCGCUGUGGAAAAGCAGCAGGCAGUUGUGUCCUCCCUGCCAGCACUGAGGCACUCGGCAGCCACGUUGCUCACAAUUGUAUGCAAAGCUGCUGUCUGAAACUAGGUGCCUACACUUCUUUAGACCACAGAGCAAAAACAAGGCCAUGACAUUCAGCAGGGAGAUUACCAGAGCUCUUGAACAGGAAGUGAACUGCCACAGUCCACACCGACACAGGAAACUGAUCACCAUGUUGCAGUGCAGGAUGCAAAAGACGAGUGAUUUAUCUCUCUGGUGACCCACUGGACAGGUGGAGACGGAUAUUAACUGUCAGAUAAUACAGAGAAAGGAUUAUAUCAAAUAAUAAAGAAAAAAAACCCUAGCAAUAGAACGAUGUUAAUAUAUUUUCAGCAGCAGAUGGGGAGAGAGGUGAUAUCAUGCUACCUAGCUGUUUUCUUUUGAGAAGACCUUUUAAAGACGUGUUGAACAGACACAGGGGUGAAAUGAAUCCAAACACUGUCUGCCUGCAGUUUCUCAGACUCCUCUUUUUAAAGGCACUUGGUUGUCACAACACUUGUCACUUAACGUAAUGUUUACAGGGCUCUCAGGGGCCUAGCAAGGUUGUGCUCUGACUUUGUGACAGUAUGUAUGGAUGAGUUUCUGUUUUUUUAUGUUUGUUUUGUCAGAUUUUAUAAAUGUGAAUGAGAAGACUUUAAAGUCUCAUCUACUGAUGUUUUUUUUUCUUCUCAUGAUUAGUUUCUAUGCAUAAAAAACCUGCAAUUUUACCUACAUGUGAAACGGGUGUGUAUUAUUUUUCUCAAUGUGUACUUAGUAUUGUGACGGUAAUUCCUCUCUUUCAUUGUUUACAUUUGUAAAAGGCCGGACUGCUUGAAGCUUGUGCAUGUUUUCCAGCCAUUUAAAACUGUUCUUUUUUUUCUUCCUUUUUUUUGAGUUUAUUCCUAAUUUAUGAAUGCCGCAUGUUGGAGAUUCUGUAACUGAAAAAAGUCUGUUUCACUGCUGAACUACAGGGUUGAGAGGUGGGGUAGUAGAGAGCUGAUUGGUGGAGAGUUUUGUGCGAGCACUUGGGUGAGUGAGUGAAUGUUUUUGUGUGUACAUAAGACAAAAAAAAAAAAAAAACAUCCUCUACUUGAACCCUCUGUACUGUCAUCUUGUGUCUUGAGCAUGACUCGGCUGGUCGUAAUCUCCAUGCCGUGCUCGUGAUUCAGAUUUAAAUGCAAGUUAAGCGUGAGGAAACCUGCUCAUAUAACAGGACAGGGGUCUUCAAGUAGAGUGUUACCAACUUUUUCGUAACUACUGUGAUGACUUUGUGUUACUGUGUCUGAUUUCUGCUUGCAUCCAUGUCAGGGAAAACAAAUUCUUUUGUGAGUGGUGUAAUGAAUGGUUAUGAGUGAGUGCAGUCUAACUGUUCAGGGAUAAUAUUUUGUACAUACUUGCUGUCACUAUACUUAUUAUUGUUAUUAUUAUUAAUAUUAUCUGCCUGUCUCUGUUACAUCCGCUUUUCCUAGCAUCGUCUCCUUUACGCUGAACACUGGCCGUUGUGAAGCUAUACCACUCUGCUGUCUUUGUAAACUUGACACCAUUUUGUACCAUGUCACGAGGAGCCUCAAUAAAGAAUUGAGGUGAAA